CUCAACCGGAGCUUUCGUUUAAGCACCACAGCGUCGCAUGCCAAGCGUUAUACCCCGAGAUACAGCCGAGAGAGCCACCACAGCUUCAGCUGCUAGCCACCUUCUUCGUCGUUUCCUUGGAAUUUUUGCUGAGCAUGACCCGGCGCAAGGUGGACGAGGAGCAGGUUCGGAAGGCCUGUGCAGCGAUAGAUGAUGACAUGUCGGUUAGGAAGGCUGCUGAGGUCUUUGGGGUAGGUCGUACGUCCAUCGAAGACCGCCGCCGUGGCAACGUGGCCAUGAACGCGAAGGUUGGUCCCGAGACCAUCCUGAGCAAAGAAGAGGGUUCGCUGGAAGAUAUUCUGCUGUUUGCUGCUCGCAACUUCUUGGCUGUGGAUCGGGUUCACCUUAGAGAUGCGGUGCGACGACUCUGCAACGACGGUCGGCGGAUCCCUUGGGAUCCAGAGAAGGGUCCGGGGAAAGGUUGGCUUGCGGGCUUCCUUCGUAGGCACCCACGGGUGGCGGAGCGCUCGACCCGCAUCUACGAGGCAAACAAGACCACCGAGGAUGAGGAGCCUCGCAUGGUGCAGUUCUUCGAGAGAUGGGCAGCUCUCCUCGACGAGGUGAAGAUUCGCUCGUAG